CAUGUUGCGAACCUCUCUUGUCAAACUACAUGUGUUUUCAAAGUAAGCAAAACAAUUCGGCAUCCGAUAGCGAGUGUAAUAGUUUAGUAUAAGAAUCAUUUGGAUAAAAAUAAUGAGUUCACAACGUGGUUCGGGUCAAACGCGAAAGCGUGCCCAAAAGCACAAAAAUUCGUUUGCAUUCAAAAAUGAUUUGCACGACAAAACGCCGCAAAUGAAGAAAAUGAACUCGUUGAAUGUUUGCGAGGUGUGCGAACGUUGUAAGGCGCAAAUCGAAUGGCGAAUCAAGUAUAAGAAGUAUAAACCAUUGUCACAAGCCAAAACAUGCGUUAAAUGUGGGAAUCGAACGGUGACCAAAGCCUAUCAUGUUUGCUGCAAAGAAUGUGCAAAACGGGAAAAAGUGUGUGCGAAAUGCUUGAAAUCGGGCGAUCAAGUGAAUAUUGAACCACCAGAGAAAACGCCCGAAGAGCAGCAACAGCUCAAAGUGGAAAUGGAUCGCCUGAUAAAAUCACUGCCCGAACGCAAACGACGAACAUUCUUACGGUAUAUGAACAAGGGUAAAGAGAUUGAUGGCGAAAAUGGAGUUGAAGAACAAGCGGAUGAUAAAAAAGAAGGGGCCACAGAGAAUGGAGUUGAAACGGCAAAAAAGAAAACAUUUGUUCCUCACAAUCGAGCAGAUUUAUUAAGCAAAAUUGAAUCGUUAAAGCUGGCCGACGAUGAGGGUGACGAUGACUUUAGUUUUGGUGAAUCAGACGAUGGCAGUGAUUUCGAAGGGAGUGAAUUCGAUGAUGAUGAUGAUGAAGAAUAGCAUUUAACUAUUUUGUAAAUAAAUUCAAAAAUAAAAAAUGAAUGUACAACACAAUUGGUUCAUUACAUUGACAGCUGCAACUUCACAGCGUUUGAGUGUGUUUGGUUUAUGGUACUAGAAUAUGUGCUCUCUCUCUUAUGCUUUCGAAUUGAAUAAGAGAAAUGGCCGUUGCAUUCGAUGGAGAAACCAGUUUUUCGCAGAGACAAUUGAAUGGUAACAUUUUUUUAUCAAUGAAAUUCGUCGUCUUUUCAUAGUACUUUUUCAUUGUUUUUCAGAUUUAGAAUGGUUUUUGUGAGAAAAUCCAAUUUGUUCAUGAAAAAAAAUCGCACUCACAGUAACGAAUCCCAUGAAUUCAAAUUCGAUGUGGAUGAACUCUCAUCGCUUGUGUGGUACUAGAUUGUGCGCCACAUAAAAACAGCUGUUGUCAAAAUUUUAUGGCAAUGUAAGGAAAAAAAAAACUUUUCGCAUUUAAUCUAGCACUUUGUAAACAAGCGAAAACAUAGCAGCAAACUCCGAUCGAGCAAAUGAAAAUGCUUUAAUAAAUUGUUCGGCGCCAAUUCGUGAAUCGUUUAAUUGUGAUCGUUUCAUCGCUGGAUUCGUAUUUAAGUGUGAAAAAAAAUGAUGAGUGAGUGUGCCUGUGCCAUGGCUGUGGAUUGAAGCUUUUUUUCUUCAUUGUCAUCACCCUUUUGUCACACACACAGACAGUUUGUGUGUGCAUCGCAUAAGUGCAUUCAGUUCCCGCGAAUAAGAGUCCAUUUUUGUAUGGCGUCACUUGCGCCUCUGCAUUCGCCUACUUAGACCGUAUUUUUGCGUUGUGCUCAGCAUAAUUGAAUUUUUCAAACAGUUUCCUCGUGAAUAUUCCGGUGAAUUUGUGCAUUUAAAGUAAUUUUGUUUCAAUUUUAGGUCGACGGACACGUGCUGCGUCAGCCAAAUCAGCAAUAAUGACAAUGCCAGUAGGUAAUGCCACCAAAAUCGAUGCGGUUGAUCAAAAUUUUGCCAGUCCAAAACGAAAAGACUGUAAACUAGACUUGGACUUAAUACCGUCAGCAACAAAUGGACGCGCUACAAAACCAUCACCCGUUCACACUGCCACUGCCACUGCCGUCAUUACAAACGGUAAACGAAACCAUAAAAAUGCUGGUGGAUCGAAGACAAAAAAGGCGCCGCAAGCAAUAACCAAAUAUUUUCCUACAAACGGUCACAACAACAGCAAUGGCUCAUUGAAUGGUUCCGUCACCGAAACCGAUUCGUCUGAUUCAAGUGUAAAAAUUAGUGAAACUGCACUGCCAAAUGGUGAUGUUGAUGUUGUAAAUGAAAAGAACGCUGUCACCGAUGUUGAAGAGAAAACAGCCACAGUGCCUAAUCUAAAUGGAAGUGUUUUGAUGUCGCCCGAAGCAAAAUCACUACUGAAUGGCUCAGUGAAACAAACAACGCCACAUCGAAUUGUGGUACGGUCGUCACCAAAAAAACAACGACUCUAUGGGAAGGAUCCAGUUGAAGUAUUUUCUAAUCUGAAUAUUCGUGAUGGUGCUGCGAAAAUUGGUCGCAAAGGGCAACAAAAAACUCGCCGAAAAUUAAAUGUCACCGAACCAGAGCAGCAUCUAGAAAAUGGCAACGGUGUGAAUGGGAAGGGUUUAUCGGACGAUGUGAACCCAGUUGUUAAUGGCAAUGCCGAGAGUGGAGCGGCAAAAGUUGACAAAUCUAGUUCCAAAUCGAGCGAAAAUAUCUCAAAUAAGAAUGAUUUCCCUGUGCCUACCAAUACAGCACCGCGUCGUGUUCAUAGCACUCAAUUGACCGAUUUCUUCCCGAUCCGUCGUAGCGCACGGAAGACCAAAAAAGCCGUCGAACAAGAAAUAUCACGUCAUAUCGAAAUGGCAAUCGAAAAACAGCUAGAGGAUGGGCUUGUUGUAAAAAUGUUCCCAGAAAAAGGACGAGGAAUUGUAGCAGGCCGAGACUUUCAACGUGGUGAUUUCGUUGUUGAGUAUAUUGGCGAAUUGAUUGAUCAGACUGAAGCCGAUUGUCGCGAGGAAUUGUAUUCACAGAAGGUGGACUUUGGGUGUUACAUGUAUUAUUUCAAGCAUAAAGAGACACAGUGGUGGUAAGUGUGCUGGAAUAAUAGUGACUCGAUUUUCAUUCUAAAACGGUCAAAGUCAUAAUUUUCAAUCAAUUUUUGCAAAUUUGGUCAAAUGUCUUUGUCAUUUUUAUCGAAUUGAUUGUCUCAUACUUUUCUAUCAUUUGCAGCAUUGACGCUACAGCGGAGACGGGCAAACUUGGUCGUUUAGUGAAUCAUUCACGCAACGGCAACCUAAUGACAAAAAUCGUGAGCUACAGAAACAAACCGCAUUUAGUGCUGUUGGCCAAAGACGAUAUCAAAGAAGGCACCGAGCUAACCUAUGACUAUGGUGAUCGUCGCAAAGAAGCGCUCAUCCAUCAUCCUUGGUUGGCUUUUUAGUACAUUGAAAUCAAACACCCAUCGGCGGCCGCUGACGCCGAACUAUGCUAAAGGCCUUGAGUUAAAAAAAGAAAUACAUCUCAAUUUCGACCAUCGAUCAUAAAUCGGAUUCAAAUCAAGUGCUUUUAAACACACACACACACAUUUAAUUGUAACAUAUUUUGUUAAAUUUAUACAAGAUACUGGUUACUCCGCUUAGUUUGUAGUUGUAUACCAGUGGAAUUUCGCUGGAAUUUGUAGGUAAAAAUUUGUGGCAAGCGCAUUCCCUCCCCCCAAGCAUAAGAACAAAUAGAAAACGAUGGGCUUUAUCACACUUUCAACCGAAUAAAACAUGAUUUAGUCGCAUUAUCUAUGUGCGACACACACUGCACUUUGUUAUGUAUAUGUUCGAAAUUUUGUCAUUUUCAUUCGGUUUUUGUUCGUUUCAUUCUAAGUUUUAUUUAUCAUGCGAAUUAUUUAGCUGCUAUUUUGUUUUCUUAUGUUAAGAAAGUUGUGCUCGCGUCGAGAGCUGUCAUGCAAUAUUCAAUUCAUUCAAAGUCAUUAUGCGUUGAAGUGUUCAAUAUGCCCCUGUUUAUAGACACAUAAGCCAAACACAUACACUCAAACCAACAAAAGUGAUCGCUGUAGGAGAUGAUUAGUUGCAACGGCAUUACUGAUUUAAAUCCAAUCAAACUGCCACCUAUUUUUUAACAAUUUCAAAUUCGAUCACUCGUAUUAAGUACAAAGAAGACUAGACCACACCAAUAUCAUGCCUAAAUGAACUUUAUUCAUUUCCAUUCUUUUUUUUUGUUUUGUUUUGCAAUAUGAUAUUUUAUUUUUAAUCUCCCCGCACAUCCCUCGUCUUGUCAUAUGCAUGUUUAACUGUAAUUGUUUCGGUUUCUGCAACAACAGCAAAAAAUGUAAAAUUGCUCGCCCAACAUCGAUAUUGAAAUUUGAAUGACAAAAUACAAAUAAAAGUACAGCGUGACGCAUUCA